AUGGCUCGCAAGUUCUUCGUCGGCGGCAACUUCAAGAUGAACGGCUCUGUGUCGUCCAUCAAGAAGAUUGUCGAGAACCUGAACGGCGCCACCCUCGACCCCAACACUGAGGUCGUCGUCUCCCCUCCCGCCAUCUACCUCUCGCUCACCCGUGAGCUCCUCCGCAAGGACAUUGAGGUCGCCGCCCAGAACGUCUUCGACAAGCCCGACGGCGCCUUCACUGGCGAGAUCUCCGUUGCCCAGCUGAAGGAUAGCAACAUCAACUGGGCCAUCCUUGGCCACUCUGAGCGCCGUACCAUCCUGAAGGAGUCUGACGAGGUUGUUGCCUCCAAGACCAAGUACGCCACCGAGAACGGCGUUGGUGCCAUCUGGUGCUGUGGUGAGUCCCUCGAGGAGCGCGAGGCUGGCACCACCGUCGACGUCGUCAGCAAGCAGCUUGCUGCCCUCAGCGCCGCCAUCAAGGACUGGUCCAAGGUUGUCGUCGCCUACGAGCCCAUCUGGGCCAUUGGCACCGGCAAGGUUGCCACCACCGAGCAGGCCCAGGAGGUUCACGCCGCCAUCCGCGCUUGGCUCGCCAAGAACGUCAGCGACAAGGUCGCCGAGGAGACCCGCAUCCUGUACGGUGGCAGUGUCAACGAGAAGAACUGCAAGGACCUGGCCAAGGAGAAGGACAUUGACGGUUUCCUGGUUGGCGGUGCCAGCUUGAAGCCUGGCUUCGUCGACAUUGUCAACGCCAAGCAGUAA